GAUCACCUGAGUUGAAGGCGUCGGUCCGUGCUUUGAGUUUGGCAUCGACGUCACCAUUACCCAGGGCUUCUGGUUUGGGAAUGUUCGUACAGUAAUCCUCGAGAGACCAGCGAAGCAACGAAGCCCCAGUGAAGAAAUGACGGCAGAAGGGGAAAUGUCUGCUGUAAGAAAAGAGCUACAGCAGGUGUUGUGCCGCUAUGUCACAGACACCCUCAUCUACAUCGACACUGUAAGAGGAUUCUGUGAGGACGUCUCUAAAUGGGGGCUCCAUAGGGAGACCGAACUAAACAUGAUGAUAGAUAUAAAAGAGAGGGUUGAUAUCAUCGACCUAAACAUCAACCAUGUUUCUAAGUCAGAGCAAAAAGGUUAUGCCUUUUUGGAAUAUUUGAAGAGCAAGCUGACCCAAAUGACUGCAGACAGCAGGCGUGCAAAGCUGCAGGAGGAGCUGGCUGCCGUGCUCAAGGACACCUUGGUUGGCCUGGCGAAGCUCGAAUACUUCCUGGAUGCAGUGGAGAAGUUGGCGGUCACUUCGCUACAUGUGUUUACAGAGAACCAAUCGCUAUGUCCGCCCAAAGGGAUCACCCUCGAUUGUGUUCAGGUUGUCAUCACUGCGGCACGGCAGAUCUGCCCUCUCCUCCUCAAGUUCAAAAGAGACGCACAAGUCUUCUUCCUGCCCAGACUUCAGAAUGUGGAAGUGCUCUCGUAUGAGUUGGACAAGUACAUACGGACCACGCAGAGAAUAUGCGAGACUUUAGGAAAAAGUGACAUUCAUUCGAAAAUGAUGACGGAAACUGUGGUAAACUUAGACGUGGAUCUGUCUGAAGAUGACAUGCGGAGGAUGCUUGAUCAUAUUAAUCAGCUGGAUGAGAUCAGGAUGAACAAGCACUUCAGGAUGGUGUUCUUGUUUCAAGAGGAAUCGUUUUGUUACUUCAUCAGUGACUUCAGCAAGCGACAGGACAGGAUGCUGGAGUUUCUCAAUGACCUGGAGAAGAGUGCUACUCAGCUCGACAGGAUGAACAUGGGGGCAAGGAUCUCCAGCGUAGUAGGCAGCUCGGUUGGGGCGGCUGGAGGUGUGCUCUCCAUUGUUGGCUUGGCGUUGAUUCCUGUGACGGCAGGGGUGUCUCUAGCUCUGACAAUGACGGGGGUUGGUAUGGGAAUCACCAGCGGAGUCAACAGCGCUGUCACCACCUUCACAGAGAUUGGAGUAAAUACAACUCAGCAGAACAAAGCCAGAGUGGUUUUCCAGAAAUUCAUGGAGGAUGUGCAGAGUCUCCAGGAAUGUCUGGACAAGGUGACCAGUCAAGCCGGCACCAAAAUGGAAGAGAGUAUCAUCACAGUGGCUCUGGGAGUUAGCAAGGGUCUUGGUAAAGCUUGUGUUAUUGGAAAAGGUAUUGAUGCAUUAGUUGAUGCUGCCUCUGCUACUAAGUUGUUGAAAAACGAACAGUUGAUUGCAGGUGUUGGUAAGGUGGUGGCUCAGGAAGGUAAAGCAUUACGUAAUGUGCCCAGGGUGGCAGCAGACAUCCCAGAUAUUGGUCAGGCAGUCGCCAAAGGGCCUCUCGCUCUUUCCAAGUCAGCCAGGGUAGGUUUCAUAGCACUCAAUGCUCUCUUCCUUGGCUUGGAUAUCUUCUUUAUCUGUAAGGACAGCAUCAGUCUGGCAAAAGGCAAUGAGACCGACAGCUCAAAGUGGAUCAGGGCCAGAGCUACUAUGUGGAGCUCAGAGAUGGAUUCCUGGAAGGGGAUCCACGACUCCCUGUGUGAGGGCCAGGAGACGUCAGAGAAAAAAAUGGCUCUUCUGGAGACACCAUUUUAUCCGGAGAUUGAUGUGAAUAAGCAAAGAGAAGUAGAAAUGGAAUUUUCUGCUGAUAAAGUGGAAGAAAAACUGAAAUAAAAUAAGUUUUACUUAACACAGUAGUGCUCAGUGAAGAGAGAGUAUCUCUGUAUUAGGAUUUUCACAAUUCUCCACAAAAGGAGCUAAAUGGAACCCUGAUAAUUUGGCAGAUUUUGAGGCUUAAAAGUUGAAAAUCCUUAUCAAUACGGAUAAAUGAUUUCGGCUUCCCCAAUGGAGGAACAGUUAUUCCAAGACAAUUACUAAGAUUGGAAGAGAAAAUAGAAUUGGGAAUUAAAAAGAAAGUCAAAAAGAGAAGUUUCUAAGAAGGAAUGUAAUUGAAAACACAUUUUGAAAGCACUGAGUGUGUGGGAAAAGGAAUGUGGAUGCAGGGAAAGAAGAAAUUAUAAAAAAACAAAUGUUGUUUGUUACCCAAGGGAAUGAAUUUGAUAAAAAGGCAAAUGAAUGGGGGCGAACAAAUAAAUCUGCACAGAAAAAGGUUUCUUUGUAUACUACAGUGCCUCAGUGUGUCAGAGUGGACCAUGAUGUCUCUGUCUUAUCUCGGUCUUCACACACAAAGAAAUCUUUAUUUCUGAAGUCUCACCAAGUCAAAUUUCCAUCACAAGGUACUGCAGUUAAAUUUUACAAAUCCAUUUUAACUGUAACUCACCAGUAUUUCACUCGUGAGCUAGAAACAAACUGUAAAUACAAAAAUAAGACGUUCUGAGUACUGUCUGAUCACAAUAAUAUGGCCAACCUGUAUAAUCUGUAUUAUUUAUAUGUACAAUUCUAUCUGCACAUUAUUCCUGUAGUAUCUAAUAAAUAGAUUAAAGGGAACUUGGCUUGUAAAUGUGUUGUGAGCAGCUGUGUGUUGAGGAUCAAAGAGGUGAUAAUGAAAGUUAAAAAGGGUUGGUUUGCCAAAAUCAACAGUUGGGUACAUGUUGAAAAGAAAAAGAAUUAUAUUUUUAUUUAGUUCCGACUGUAAUAUUAUCAUGUUUUUUUUCUACCAACAUCACCAACUUCACGUGUAGUAUACUUCUAGUUCAAAGGCACCAAAGGAACAUCCUUAAACAAUAAAUUGUUAGAGGCAAAGACUACACCCAAUCAUGUGUGCAUAGACAACUGUGGCAACUGUAAGUAAAGAUGGACAACAUGUGUCCUCGUCCUCUCACUGUCCAGGAAUGAAGCCAAAAUAUCCUGGAUACGAAAACAGACAUGCAUUUGGAGCCGGAGUCUGCGGAGUAGCGACCAAACAAUGUCGAUGCAUGUGCUCGACCAAUCCUGAGACAGUCUCAGCUGUCAAUCAUGACGUUUCACCCUUUUUGUAUAUGAUCAAAUAAACAACUUAAACCAACCUUUCCUGAAAUAUGAACACUAAAAAA